AUGUCACAAAAAGUUAAGGGAGCCGCAAUUGGUAUUGAUCUUGGAACGACGUACUCGUGUGCUGCUGUCUGGUUUGGCAGUAAAAACCGAGUGGAAGUUAUACUUAAUGAGCAGGGAAACAAUAUAACCCCGUCUUGUGUAGCCUUUAAUGAUACGGAGUCAUUGGUAGGCGACGCAGCAAAAAACCAGAUUACAAGGAAUCCAAACAACACUGUGUUUGAUGUUAAACGUUUGAUGGGGUGCAGAUACCAUGAUCCACAAGUGCAGAAGGACAUGGAGUCGUGGCCAUUCAAGAUUGUUGAAGGUCCUGCAGAGAAGCCAACUGUUGUGGUUGAGCUGAAGGGCGAAGAGAAGAAAUAUGCACCUGAAGAAAUAUCCGCCAUGGUCCUCAAGAAUAUGAAAGAGUGUGCUGAAGCAUUUAUUGGAAGAGAGGUAACAGACGCGGUGAUAACUGUUCCUGCUUAUUUUAAUAACAAUCAAAGAGAGGCAACAAAGGAAGCAGGAACCCUUGCAGGCCUGAAUGUGAUGCAGUUGAUAAACGAGCCUACUGCAGCUGCAAUUGCUUACAGUUUAGACCAUAUGGCUGACCAAAGAUGGCAUGGUGAUAAAUAUGUUCUGGUGUUUGAUUUGGGUGGUGGAACCUUUGAUGUAUCUCUAUUAAAAAUCAGUAAAACAGGAGUGAUUGAUGUGAAAGCGGUUGGGGGUGACACUCAUUUAGGCGGUGAAGAUUUUGAUACGACACUGGUUAAUUAUUGCGUGCAAGAAUUUAAGAAAAAACACAGGGAGGAUUUAAGAAGAAAUCCUAGAGCAAUGGGGAGGUUGAAAGUUGCUUGUGAGAAAGCAAAGAGGGUUUUGUCGUCAGCUACUUUUACUUCAAUUGAAAUCGACUGCUUGUAUGAGGGGAUUGACUUUUUCAUUAAAAUCAGUCGAGCGAAAUUUGAGGAACUGAAUUCAAGUUACUUUGAGAAAUGCAUUGAACUGGUGGAAAAAUGUUUGUUUGAUGGGGAGAUAAAGAAGAAUAAUGUGGAUGAGGUGGUUGUUGUUGGGGGGUCCACUAGGAUCCCGAAAGUACAACGAUUGGUGGAGGAGUUUUUCAAUGGGAAGACACUUUGCAAGAACAUGAAUGGUGAUGAGGCUGUUGCAUUCGGUGCUGCAAUCUUGGCUUCAAGGUUAAGUGGAAACGAUGAUAAUACUGAGCGAGAUAUUGUAUUACUGGAUGUCACUCCUCUCUCACUGGGAAUCGCAAUAGAUACUGAUGAAGUAAAAGAUCUCAUGUCUGUAGUUAUUCCCAGAAACACAUCCAUACCCACAUGCAAGAAAGGAAUAUAUUAUUCACGGAUCAACAAAAGAACAGUAGGUAUCUCGGUGUAUUAAGGUGAGAGCAACAGAGUUGAGGAUAACAUAUUACUUGGCAGGUUCGGGCUUUGUGGCCUUACGCUAGGUUCCAAUGGUACAUCGCGGUUAGAGGUUUGGUUCAAUAUAGAUGCUAAUGGGAUCCUUGUAGUCUCCGCAAAGGAAUUAUCUAC